GAAGACCACAAAACAAAAGAAAACAAGCGACGAUCAAGGGAUCAACGGUCCUUAGUGAAACAGAUUCGGUGCCUGAAGCCCAGGCCCCAGAGUGGUCCUUCAUUAUGAUCAAGGGAUCAACGCUCGAAAGCAAAUAACCUGUGGCCAGACUUCAGGAUCGCACGAUGUGACUGGCAAUUGGGGUGUACGCUCGGAUGCACAAUAUUCCAUCUCUCACUCCCCCUGGCCACACUCGUUUUGUACACAGCAAACCCCAACCCCCCCUCCCCGGUUCUCUUCGAUCUGAUCGAAAUCCUGGAGUCACAGAUUCACUUCGGCAGAUCAUAGUGUAGAAAUGGCGUCUGGGACUAGAAAUUUCCUCAAAGUGCUUCUCAGCAACUUCGAUAUUCUUGCUGGCCCCUUGAUCAGUCUCGUUUAUCCUUUAUAUGCCUCAAUUAAGGCAAUCGAGAGCAAGUCUCCAGUGGAUGACCAGCAAUGGCUCACUUAUUGGAUUCUCUAUUCCAUGAUCACCCUAUUCGAGCUUACUUUUUACAAAGUUCUUGAAUGGAUCCCUUUCUGGUCAUAUGCAAAGCUGAUCCUAACCAGCUGGCUGGUCCUCCCUUACUUCAAUGGUGCUGCUUAUGUUUACGAGCAUUACGUGAGGCCCUUAUUUGUCAAUCCUCAGACUAUUGUUAAUAUCUGGUAUGUCCCAAGAAAAAAGGACUUCUUCAGUAAGCCAGAUGACAUUCUAACUGCUGCAGAGAGGUAUAUUCAAGAGCAUGGAACAGAAGCAUUUGAAAAUAUGGUCAACAGGGCUGAUAAAUCAAGGAGGAGGAAUGAAGGCUAUACAGCGUAUGAUGAUCAUAGUUAUGUGUACUGAGUAUUGUUUCUUCAAUCAUGUAAAGUGUAAUAUUGUCGCACGUCUUAGAUGAGAGGAUGUGUUUCAUGGACAUUUAGGCUUGGUUCUGUAAUUUGUCUUCUUGUUGUUGUUGGGGAUAGCUGAUUUUUUUUUUUUUUUUUUGGGAGUCCUUGUAUGGUAUUUGUAGUAUGUAAUUAUAUCAGGCUUGGUCAUACAUUUAAAAUCUCAUAGUUGUGACACCUAAGGUAUAUAGAUUAUGGAGUUAGAAAAGCAGAAGCUAUGUUGGUAUUA